CUGAUGUGCUUGCUGUCCUUUCAACCAUGUAGAUGAGGACGGGGACUUGGUGGCCUUUUCCAGUGACGAGGAGCUGAUGAUGGCCAUGUCCUAUGUGAAGGAUGACAUCUUCCGCAUCUACAUUAAAGAGAAGAAAGAGUACCGGAGGGAGCACCGCCCCCAGUGUGUGCAGGGAGCGCCUCACCCCAUGGUGCACCCCAACGUGAUCUGUGACGGCUGUGACGGGCCUGUGGUGGGAACCCGAUACAAGUGCAGCGUGUGCCCCAACUACGAUCUGUGUGGCGUCUGCGAGGGGAAAGGCAUUCACAGGGAGCACAGCAAGGUCCCGCUGGCCAGCCCCCUGGAGCACUUUGCUGAGGGCUUCGCUCACAGCCGCUGGUUCCGGAAGCUGAAACACGGGCAUUGCCGGUGGCCUGGCUGGGAGAUGGGCCCGCCAGGCAACUGGAGCCCACGUCCUCCUCGGGCGGGGGAUGCCCGCCCCAGCUCCGGUGCAGAACCAGCUUCUGGCCCAUCAGAGGAUCCCAAUGUAAAUUUUCUGAAGAAUGUAGGGGAGAGUGUGGCGGCUGCCCUCAGUCCUCUGGGAAUUGAAGUUGACAUUGACGUGGAGCAUGGAGGAAAAAGGAGCCGCCUGACACCCGUCUCCCCGGAGAGCCCCAGCAUGGAGGACAAGGGCAGCUCCCAGCCGAGCAGCUGCUCCUCAGAGCCCAGCAGGCCGGACAGCAGCGGCAAGGGCAUGGCGCAGGCUCUGGCAGAACAGAUGAGGAAGAUCGCCCUGGAGCCCACGGGGCAGCCCGAGGAGCAGAUGGAGUCCGACAACUGUUCCGGAGGAGAUGAGGACUGGACUCAUCUGUCUUCAAAAGAAGUGGACCCCUCCACUGGGGAGCUUCAGUCCCUCCAGAUGCCAGAGUCGGAAGGGCCAAGCUCUCUGGACCCUUCCCAGCAGGGGCCCACAGGGCUGAAGGAGGCCGCUUUGUACCCGCACCUCCCACCAGAGGCUGACCCCCGGCUGAUUGAGUCACUGUCCCAGAUGCUGUCCAUGGGCUUCUCUGAUGAAGGUGGCUGGCUCACCCGGCUCCUGCAGACCAAGAACUACGACAUAGGGGCCGCCCUGGACACCAUCCAGUACUCGAAGCACCCGCCACCGCUGUGACUUUGGCGCCUGGCCAUGUCCUGUGCCUGCUUUCCUGUCUCAGCUCUGGGUAGUGUAGAGCGCAGGCCCGUGGGGGGUUUCUUGGAGUGGGGACAGGUGACCCUGAUGUCCCUGCGCCACACUGGCAGUCCAGUGCCCCAUGGCCCUGUGCUUCUCUUUUUAACAAAUGACUAAUCGUGCAGCACAGACAGCUAGUGGCACUGUCAGGGAGUGACACCCGGGAGGUACAGCCCAGCCAGCAGGUUUGCUGUGGGGAGUCUGGGUGUGGCUUUCGCCAGUCGCGUCCUGACCCUGACCACGCUAGCUCUCAUUUCCAGAUGUGUUAUGUGCUUUAAAGUGAGAAACUCCCUUUAGCCACCCUAGGGGGACCUGAUGUGGAGCCACUUGUAAUUAAACUGCAUGUGCACUUUA